UCUCCCUUUCUCUAUCUUGGGUGGUGCCUUUCACUUUCUGAGGUUCUUCUAGUCUGAGUUGAGGAGGAAUUUGAGCAGGUGUAAGCAAAUAUCACUUGAUUUAGAGUAAUGGGUUUAUUCCAUCUUUAAUGACUGAACCCCCCCCCCCCCUCAAUGCUAUAAAUAGAGAGUGUGUCAAUUUGGGUGUUAUUCAUUGCAGGAGUGGAGUUCUUCUUUAAUCAUUACAUACUACAUACAAGUUUCUUCAGAGGGUGUAAAAAAGAUGAGCUAUAAUAGAGCAACUGCUGGUUCUGGAAGUAGAACUACUGGGAGGUCAUUCGAGUAUGGUAGAACCCAUGUAGUCAGGCCUAAAGGAAAGCACCAGGCAACUAUAGUUUGGCUACACGGUCUAGGCGAUAAUGGUUCGAGCUGGUCUCAGCUUUUGGAAAACCUUCCUCUCCCAAACAUAAAAUGGAUUUGCCCAACAGCUCCUAGCCGACCAGUCGCAAUUUUUGGUGGAUUUCCUUGUACUGCAUGGUUUGAUGUUGGAGAACUUUCGGAAGAUGGCCCUGAUGAUAUUGAGGGGUUAGAUGCUUCAGCUGCUCAUGUUGCAAAUUUGUUGUCAACAGAACCCAAUGACAUCAAAGUUGGUGUAGGAGGCUUCAGCAUGGGUGCUGCAACCGCUCUCUAUUCUGCCACUUGUUGUGCUCAAGGAAAAUAUGGAAAUGGAAACCGGUAUACAAUUGACUUAAGUGUAGUCAUAGGUCUAAGUGGCUGGCUUCCAUGCGCAAGGAGUUUGAGGAACAAUAUAGAAGGCUCACAUGAGGCUGCAAGGCGAGCUGCAUCACUGCCACUUCUGCUCUGCCAUGGUAAAGGUGAUGAUGUAGUGCAGUAUACACAUGGAGAGAAAUCUGCAACUGUUCUAAGUUCAACUGGAUUCCGGAAUCUUACUUUCAGAACCUAUAAUGGGCUUGGACACUAUACAGUUCCACAAGAAAUGGAUGAGGUCUGCAGCUGGCUUACAUUAUGCUUGAAUCUUGAAGGAUCGCGAUCGUGAAUUGCAUAAUCUAUCAUUUAUUUGAGAAUAAACAUUAGCCAAGGAGUAAAGAAGACGAACAUAAACUUUAUAUCCGGUCAGUAAACGGAAACAUGCUUGAGUUAGCUAUAAGAAGAAGUUUAGAAGGUGUGGGGGUAUAUGUUGUUACAGUCCUUUUGGUCCUCUAUUGUCUCUUCCAAAGAGACUAUUUUUGUUUUCUUUUUGUUCUUUAUAAUCUUGUUGAGUAUGGUCUUUUGUUUCUUUGCUUGUUGGUAACUUAGAGGGUUUUAAUGAAAUAAAUAUUCAUAUUUUGAGUUUAAAGUUCUGAACA